AGGUCACACCAAAAAGGGGGAAGGAAACUGGUAGAACGAGACAGACGGGUCGAGCUGCCGUUGUCGUCAUUACACAAGGAAAAAAGUCAGCAGCUUUCACAGCUUUUACUGUCUCGCUCCGUGUCGCUGACCGACCUGUGCCCACGGCUCCUCCAUAUCAUUUGCUUAUCGCCGCGUCUCGCCUCCCUCCUCGGCUGUUGCUUGCCUUCUGGAAACAGCGCGUGUUUUGUGUACUUCAACUUGUUGAAUACCAGCACCCUGCCCUCUGUGAGGAGUGCUCACUGUUCAAGGUUCAGGAAGAUAACGAGAGGUGAGUGGCUGACGCGUUGCUCGUGUUAUGUUACCAAAGGCUCAUAUCAGAUUACCGUGGACGGCAGGCUGGGUGGAACUCUAGCUGUGUUCAGAAAUCGCCGUGACUCGGAACAAACCAGGAACAGGUUGCUGGCAGAGGAUUGUUGAAGAAGCUAAAGGAGCUAACAGAGACAGAGAGAGGGCUUUUUCUCCCUUUUGUUUUUCAAGACGAGCGUUACCAUGGGUAAGACAGCACAACACCCUCUGCUGCUUCUGCUCGGUCUGUCAGGACUUGCUCACUGCUCGGCUGCCUUCGUCUUUUGGACGGCCAUGGUGGACAUAAGCUAUUACAACAACACCGCCAACAAGACUGAGGACAAAUACUGCGAGUGUGGGGUGUUUGGUCGGAACUCUCCCGUGGACACUGUCUCGGGCAUUGUGACUCUCCCCAAAGACGACCCCAAGGGCUGCAGCGCGGAUCCCGUGUACAAUUUCAGUGCAUCGCCCUGGAUAGCCCUGGUCAAAAGGGGCAACUGCACCUUCACCGAGAAGAUUAAUGCCGCCGUACGUCAGGGAGCCGCUGGUGUGGUGGUGUAUAACGUGGACGGCAGUGGCAACAGCACCACUCACAUGUCACACUCGGACGCAGAUGAUACGGUGGCUAUCAUGAUCGGCAACCUUAAGGGUAUGGAGAUCGUCAACCUGGUGAAAAACGGGACCGAGGUGUAUCUGACAAUUGAGGUGGGCAGCCCUCACGGGCCGUGGAUGAACACCUACUGGCUCUACUUCCUGUCCAUCGCGUUCUUCAUCGUGACGGCGGCCUCCAUCGCCUACUUUGUGUUCAUCUCGGCCAACCGCCUGUACAAUAUGAGAAUGCACAAGCGCACUGAGAGGAAGCUGAAAUCGGAGGCCAAGAAGGCGAUCGGGCGCCUGCAGGUGCGCACGCUGAAGAGAGACGACGAGAUAACCAACUCUGACGCCUUCAUGUGUGCCGUGUGCAUCGAAGCCUACAAGGCGGGCGACGUGGUGACGGUGCUCACGUGUGACCACAUCUUCCACAAGGCCUGCAUCGAGCCCUGGCUGCUGGACAGGAGGACCUGCCCCAUGUGCAAGUGUGACAUCCUGAAGGCGCUGGGGGUCGAGGAGGACACGAAAGACAACAUUUCCACCAACUCGCCAGAAGAUGUCACUGUCAUCACAGUGGCAGGAGGAGACAACCUCUACGAAGUGCCACUGACCGACCCAGCGAGCUCUGACCCUGUGAGACUCCAGCAUCGCUAUGACAACAGGGCCUUCGAGGGAGACGCAGAGGCUGGGAGAGAAUGAACAACAGCAGCAACAGGAGCAAAAUAGCAACCGUGACACACGUAGACUUCCUGUUUGAAUUACAUAUUUUCCAUCUGACGCGCUGAAACAGCAGACUGGCAUCAAAUUAUCAUCUUAUCCAUCAUGAGAAACACUCUCCGACCUGUAGUCUAAUGCAGGUGGGCUACAAUAGAUUUUAAAAAAAAACAACACACACACAGACAUUCCAUGGAUUCUCCCUGUUAAUGGACCGUGUCUAAUUAGCCAUUUUCUUCAUUUCUAUCUUGGUGCAAGUAUGUAAUUAUUGGUAAUUAUCAGGGUUUGUGCUCAUUAAGGUUCUGUUUGAUGGUUAGAGUAGAGACUGCAAAGUAAGUAGUCAUGGCGUGACGCCAGUGUCAAAUUUCUGUUUUGCAUGGCAAGCACACGGGUGAGGGAGGAAGUUCAGCAGAGCAUUUGAAUGUGUUUGAAAUCAAGGCCAACGAAAGACGUCUGUGUGCUCGUAAUUGCUCCGAGUCCCUCGCGAUGAACCGUUGUCGUUUAGAUUCAGAACAGAAGUCAUCGGAAAUAAUUUGAGUGAUCUCAGUUUUUUUUUUUGUUGUGUUUUUUUAUAGUUAUGCUGUCAGGUUAUCAGGCACAUGCUCAUGAACACACCCAAUGCUCAGAAAAACAGCAUGAUGACACACACAGUGCACUGUGAUCAGUUAAUAACAUCACCUCAGAGACUGUUAAAUCCACCACGGGAAGCUGUUUACCACGUAUGAAACAAAGUCCUUCAUAAUUGCUGGCUGGUUUAUCGUAAAAAACCUCCAAGAAACAAGGAAUAUGACGGUGCAAUUAACGUCAUAUGAUGUCCCUCCCUCCCUCACAAAAUGUUAUCUUGACUGGUGGAAAGGUGAAAACAUGUUUGUGUUUUGAAAUGACAGUACAGUGGAGGCUGAUUGCACUUUUUGGACCAAUUUUGUAUAUUGAUAUUGAUUGUUGACAGUCAUGAAAUUCUAUCUGUAAAGGUAAAGGUAGGGCUGGGCCACAGCGCCAAAAAUCAAAAUAUAUUAUCACGAUAAAAAAAAAAAAUUGAUAAUAAUUUAUUGAUAAUUAUUAGGGCUGCAACUAACGAUUGCUUUCCCGCUUAAUCAAGCACUUAUUUGGUCUGUAAAAUGUUGAUCAGUGUUUACCGAACCUAGAAAUAAUGAUGUUCUCAAACGUCUUGUUUAAUGAUUUAUUGACUAAACCAGAAAAUAUUAACAUUUAAAAAGCUGAAAUAUUGGAGAAAGUCGCUUAUUAAUUAUUGACAAAAUCACCCGAAACGAUACAUCGCUUUUCAAAGUAGUUGAAGGUAAUUUUAGUAAUCGAAAAAUUGUUGCAGCCCUUGUAAUUAUCUAUCUAUCUAUCUAUCUAUCUAUCUAUAGAUAUCUAUCUUCUAGCUAGCUAGCUAGCUAGCUAUCUAUCAAUCUAGCUAUCUAGCUAGCUAUCUGGCUCGCUAGCUCAACAGAAACAUGACACACAUUCGAGAUUAUAUAUGAUAAUGUCUUAAAGUGUGCUUAAACAUUACCCUGACAUAUACUUAACUGAACCUUUGUGGUAUUUAUAUUGAAGAAAAUUCGGUCCCUCGCAUGAUUUAAGACCUUCAUUCAGCUCCUCUGCUCUACCUCUGGACUUAAAACAUGGGUAUGUUUUAUUGAAAUAUUUCUGAGAUAAAAGUCUAAAUUCCGAGAUAAAGUGUGUGUGUGUGUGUGUGUGUCCCCAAGUUAAUGAUAAACCUAAAGAGUUGUUCUGUUGUCCCUUUGUUUGCUGGUGGGGGAUUUACUGAUUAUGGUACUUAAAUACUGUACGUUACUUAAUUUAUUUUUCUAUAUUGAAUCAUUUUCAUGACUGUUUUACAGAUUCCAGGAGUCUUAAAUUGUGCUGUAAACAAAGGAGAAAAGAAUGAUAUAUUACUUGCUGUAUUAAAUCACAUUGAUGCUUAUUAGAGUGCAAUAAAUCCCUCAAAAUGAGGCCGACAGUA